CCUCGCGCCACUUCUCUCUGCAGGUCCCCGUCUGGGACAGCUACGCGUGCGGCCCGGCCUAUGGCGCCUCAGCGGAGGGCAGUGCCCAAGGCGCCCCAGGGCAGCGGGGCGGCCGAGCGCAAAAGGCCGAGCAGCAUCAAGGCUGGCUGGGUGUCCAAUGAGUCUCGGAGAAAGUGGCUGUGGGCCACUGUGCUGGGGGCCUGCGCUGCGCUCGCUGGGUUCCUGCUCUGGGACAGCAAGGGGGGUGAUGACGACGGUGUGACUGAGGUUCUGGCUCGUCAUGAUGAACUCCUAUCUGGCAGGUUCAUUGAGGUGCCCUGUUCUGAGGACUACAAUAGUCACCGGAGGUUUGAAGGCUGCUCCCCUAGAAAGUGCGGCCGUGGUGUCAGUGACACCAUCAUCACUAGGGAGGAAGCCCAGCUGAUUCGCAGCAUCGCCGAGAAGGGGCUAUCCCUGGGAGGAUCUGACGGAGGGGCGUCCAUCCUGGACCUGCACUCAGGGGCCCUGUCUGUCGGGAAGCACUUUGUGAACCUGUACAGAUACUUUGGGGAUAAAAUACAAAAUGUCUUUUCAGAGGACGACUUCCAGCUAUACCGGGAUGUGCGGUGGAAGGUCCAGCAGGCCAUUGCCCAGGCCUUUGACAUUAAUGUGUCCUCACUGCACCUGACGAAGCCUACGUUCUUCUCUCGCAUCAACAGCACGGCUGCCCAGACGGCCCACGAUGAGUACUGGCACACACACGUGGACAAGGUGACUUACGGCUCCUUCGACUAUACGUCACUGCUGUAUCUUUCCGACUUCCUGGAUGACUUUGGUGGUGGCCGGUUUGUGUUCGUGGAGGAGGGGGCCAAUAGGACGGUGGAGCCCAGAGCUGGCCGGGUCUCCUUCUUCACCUCGGGCUCUGAGAACCUGCAUCGAGUGGAGAAGGUGCACUGGGGCACCCGGUACGCCAUCACCAUAGCCUUCACCUGCAACCCUGACCAUGGCAUCUUGGACCCAGUGCUCACGUAGCUGGACCAGUGAGGCCUGGCCUUGGCAUCUAGGACCUGGGGCUCUGGCUCAGAGCUAGGGGCACAGACUGACCUCACCCCUUCUGUCAGGACCACUACAAUGAACAUUCCUCCCGUUUCUUCCAUUUCAGCCCCCUUGUGUUGAACAAGGUGCCUUAUGGAUAAUCUGAAUUUUGAUUUGCUGAUGUUUCAGUUGGUUUUCACCUGUGAGUAAAUUAAGGGUACCGGCGUG